AUUGCUGAAGCGCCCUGUCUCUCGUUUCCCGUUUACGUUUCCAACGCUGUUUCUUUGUUCCUCGUUUUCAUCUUAUAUAAUGUGUUUAUAGCUGUUCGUCCCCAUACCAUGUCGUUUCCCACCGCGUCCACGCCGUCGCCAGUCCGCGACCAACUCGACCUCUCCUUUAGCAGCUCGCAGAGCAGCAACCCUGAUGCUUCAACCUUAUGUUUUGAAUCUUCCUUCAGGCUGGAACCGCCCUUCCCAAACCAGAAGGCCGACAGCGAGAAGCACCCCAAGGGCAAGCGGAAGAGAACUACAUCACAAGAUAAAACUAUCCUUGAAGCUGCCUACAAUUCAAACCCAAAGCCUGACAAGGCGGCGCGUCUUGACAUUGUAAAGCGCGUUUCGUUGAACGAGAAAGAAGUACAGAUAUGGUUCCAAAACCGGCGACAAAACGACCGCAGGAAAUCACGUCCGCUCUCGCCCCAGGAGAUCGAGGCACUUCGCUAUGGAAAUGGCAUGCGUGUUUUGUCGUCUGACGCCAUGCCGGCGGCUAUGGAGCAGAUGUCUGCGUCAAUUGCUUUGCCAAACGCUGCCGAAUUACCUCACAGUUUAGUCGCUGACAUAUCAACGUCAGUUGAGUUUGGGGAGGCCUCGAGUCCUGAGGAUGUGGUACCCCAACAUAGGUCUCAACCUUCGUCUCCCUCCAUUUUCGGACUAUCAAGUUCCGCUAGAGACAUGAGGAGGCACUCGGAAGCGGCGAAGAAUGCGUCAGCUGGCACGCCGCCAUCACCAAGGGUAAUUAGGCCUGAGGGCGAAUCACGCCCUUACGUAGGCGCAUCAACAACGCCAAUUGGAUACUUGGCGAACCGAUGGUUUACUGAAGACUCUUUCUCCUCAUCUUUCACAGCAGAACGAGCCGGCGACGAUUCGUUCAGAAAGGAAUGGGAGUCUCGACCGGUGAUUGGCUCGAGAGUUGAGAUUGGAAGUUCGAGGCUAAGCUCAUUCUCAUCUUCAACAUCCUCUGCUGCUGAUCACUCCCCCCCUGUAUUGCAGCCACAGUCAUCAUCGUCACAGAUUCGGUUAUCCCUGUCGUUGGAUGGCAAGGCAGAGUUGGUAUCUGCUCUUCAGUCACCACCACGUCCUGGUUCACAGCUCGCCCCAAACGCAGAGACGCUCCCGCCAGUUUUUAGUAACCGAACCUUGCAGCGAAGCCGGAGUGCAGUAUCCAGCAUUACACUCCCGCCUAUUUCCACACUUACCAAGAACCUCGGAACCCAUUUUCCGCCACUAGCCCGUGGUCGAUCACGCGAUGUCCACGCUUGGGAAUCUUGCUGUGAGGCUGAUACCCGCGAUGAACUAACAAGGCAGGCCGAAAACGAAUCCUCGGGGUCUGCCAUAGCAGCUAUUAGCUUGGUGCGAUCAUCCAGUAGUUCGGCAAGCCUGAGCAACCUAAUCCAUAAUCACCAUUCCCACCCUCAACCUCCUUCUCAUCCGGGCAUUUUACAGCCCAAUCCGGGCAAGCGAAACACGUUCAAUAUGACACGGGGCCCAUUGGAUAGGAAACCCAAGCUGGCGCGUGCUAAAACCUCACCUCCCUUAGCCCGUUACGUUUCGCUGGAGGAAGUCAGGAAAGCAGUAGAAGUAGAGGAUGAAGAGGGCCAUCUCGAACCUGAGAAAAAGAAGCGCAAGAAGCAGGCUAACCAAUUCGAUAUCCUCAGCCCAUCGGGCGACUCGGAUAAAGAGAACUUGAGCCCAGACGAGGAUGGAAACCCAGGUCGCCAACAUCCCUUGCCGCCACCUGAAACUGGUGCGUCACCCACGAAAGUAAUGGCGCCACUUCCACGGAAUCCGCGUCGCGUCGGACGUAUUCUGGGCGAGCAGGAUGCGGCGACCAAGCGACUAUUCUUGCACGAUUCUAUGGAUGCGAGAAAUCGUAUUAUGAGUCGUGCGAGUACAGCUCCCACCCAGGGACAACGACAGCGGAAAUUUGGCGAGGCAGCAGUAGCUAUUUUCGAGGACGGGGAAAACAUGCCACGUGACAGAAAGAGAGAAAUAGUGCCACGAGAAGGAAAGCGGGCAGAGGACGUUGAGCACUUUAUGCGCGGAGAGCUAUCGCCUAGUAAGCGUCCAGACAUGGAUUGCGUCGCUGGCCUACUUUCCCUUAGUCAAGGAAACUGGCGUUGAGUACAUCUCGGCUAAAUCUAGCAUUGUUGAAACAUAGACGAUGUCGAUAGUUCAACACAGUGUGCUCACCAUAACUGCAUUGAUUCCUUACCUGCCUACACAUUCUAGGCAGACCUUUAUUCAAAAUUAUGCGACCAUCUAGGGAUACCUUUGGGAGCUUUUUUUUCUUUGGCUCAGAAAAGGGGUCAUUGGGUGGUUUUGCUAGGCUUGGUUAACGAACGAAACUUUUUCAUAGCGUGGCUGAGGAAAAGGGUUGUGCUACGUGGUUUUGAAUGAAUGGAAAGGAAAGGGGGUUUGAAGUGAAUGAAACUUUACUACAUAAAGGAACUACGACUUGUACCCCCUACUUCUGUGCUUGCGUUC